CGACGACGACGUGCCAGCUAGGGGCGCACUCGCCGACAACGCGCCAGCUAGGGGCGCCUCCCUCCAGCGAGUCAUGAUGGACGCGUCGGACGGGGCGGAGGAGGCGGCGCAGGCUGUAUCGCCCUCGAGGAAGAGGAAGCGGGGGAAGGGGAAGCGGGCUGCGCCUAACGACGGCACCGGCUCAGCGAAGGGAGGCACGGCGGCAGGAGAGGCAGCGAAGAAGGGGAAGGACGAGAAGAUUGAGGGCAAGCCCGCCGAUACCGCUGCAGUUGCGCAAGGAGGGAGCGCUUGCGGCGGAGGACUCGACACGACAGGAGGAAGCGCUUGCGGCGGAGGGCUCGACACGACAGAGGGUGUAGGGGCGAGCAUCGAUGGGGAGGUCGUGGUUGUGGGCGCGGGUGCGACGAAGAAGAGGAAGCGGGCGAGGAAGGGGAAGGCGACGGUGGAGGGGAAGAAGGGGCUGGAGUUGGGGGAGGGAGAGGUUGUGGGGGCGGUAGGAGAGGUGGAAGGGGAGAGUAAGACGAAGAAACGCAGGAGGGGGAAGAAGGUGGCUGUGGAGAAUGCGUAG